AUGGAAACCUUGACAGAGGAUCUAUGGAUGAUGGUACUUGCGAAAUUACCGAUUAAGAUUUUCACUGGUUUGAAACUUGUUUGCAAGCAGUGGAAAUCAGUUUUGGAGUCUCCUUUUUUCCGUGACAUUUUCCUGUCCCUGCGUCCAAACCCGCCCUCUUCUUCAUGGUCGCUCAUGUCCACCCUUGAAGAAGAUCCAGAGAUAGUAAGUCACUACCAAUGCGACACAUGGGGACUUGAUCGAUCUUUGGGCUCUUUCAUCGAGUCUUUCCUAGCCGACAAACAACAGAAGCACAAAGACCAACGAGUCAGUGUCGAGGCUUACUCGGAUGUUGGGUUGAUUUUGCUCCAUGUAGAGUCAACCAACACGGAGAAGGGAGUCAUCUACGUGGCUAACCCUGUUUCACGGGAAUGCGUAGAAAUCUUUCAUGAUGCUCUUCCUAUAGGGUUUGAAACGAAUGAAUCUUCCUGGGAUUGGGGACUUGUCGCACGAACCGAGAACGGCCACCUUUUGGAUUACAAGGUUGUCAUCCUUGAGAAAUAUAAGUGGUGCUUUGAGAUGUUAAGUUGUCUUAUAUAUUCAUCUGAGACAGGCUUGUGGAGUCUCGAAACUUUACAUAUUCCUCACUCUUGCCUCAUCCGUUAUCCUGGGUAUCCCAUUAGCUUGAACGGUAAUCUUCACUGGUUUGGCCGGAGCACGGACCGUCAUAGAGUUCUAAUAUCCAUGGAUAUUUAUACUACUAGCAUCAUGGGGUCUGUUCGAUGCCGUGUUACGCCUUUCCCUGACAUAGAGAAAACUACCAAGUUUGCAAGAGCUUGCACACCUUGUCAAGGAUUUCUCAUGUAUAUGAACAUCGUUUCCGUAACCAAAGUGGAUGGAAGCCUAGACAAUAAGUUGUGUGUAUGGAGGCUAAUGAGCGAGGGAUGA